AUGGAUGAACUGGAGAGAAAAUUAAGCCAAAAGUAUGAAGACAGACCUAGGAAAGUAAGAUUUAAGAUCUCAUCAGCAUUCAGUGGCCGGGUCUUGAAGCAGGUGUUUGAGGAUGGCCAUGAACUGGAGUCACCGGAUGAAGAGUAUCCUCACAGUUUUCUACAUGAAAGUUUUGAGUCCUCUGAACAUUAUUACAACCCAGCAGAAAUGCAUUCACAAUUCUAUCCAACAGCUCGCCUGACGGCUCAGAGAAUAAGUGUUUUCAAAGAUGGCACCUCUUACCGACUAGCUGGAGACCCCAUGUUUUCUGGUUGUCAUGGGAUAGGCAAGAGUACAUCUGAUGUAAUAGACUUUGGCAAGAUCAUAAUUUACACCAGUAAUUUAAAGAUUAUAAGAACUCCUGUUAUCAACACAGAAGUGUCAGACAAUACCAAAUGGUCGCCAAAAGAAGGACGGCGAGCGCAUCAGAGAGAUUUAUGUCAUACAGCUAUGAAGAGCUAUGAGAACAGUCUGGUUCACCAACACACCCAGGUUGACAAGACCCAUGAGUGCUCACAGUGCAAGGGCUCUGGAUGUGCACCUUGUUCUCUAUGUCAUGGGAGCAAGUUUUCAAUGUUAGCCAACAGAUUUAAAGAAUCUUACCGCUCUCUGCGUUGUCCUGCUUGUGAUGAGAAUGGCUUACAGCCUUGCCAGAUGUGUGCUGAUGAAACAGAAGAAUUUGGAAGACCUAUAUCUCCUCGACCAUAAAAAUGUCUU